ACUCGGCCGAAACAUUGCGAUGCAUUGAAUCGAGAUACAAAAAAACAAGCUGCCGCUUCGCGUUGCGCGUCAUGCGAGCGCAUUCAAACAGGAGUCGGUGUUACUCGUGCGUUUUUUUAUACUGUUGCGUCGGUAAUAACAGCAGCACACUGACUGAAGACAAGCAGCGUCUCGCGGCUCCGAGCGGAGGAAUAUCAACAGCGCGUGCUGUGCGUUUGUUUGUAGCGCUUUUUUAAACCACUGACUUGUAAACACGCGAAACUUUGCAUCCGCGAGGGAGAUACAUUCACUUAUUUUGAUUCUCUCAUACUUGGACUCUCCUCUUCCAAACAAACACGGACAUCAACUGAAAGUUUCCCCUCAGGGAUGAGACUUGGUAUGGCCGUUGCUCAUAGCGCAGCCGGAGUACUCUGAAAACCAAGGCGAAAGUGGUAUUAAGUCAUGAUGCAGGAGUCGGCCAAUGAGACAAUAAGCAACAGUUCAAUGAGUCAAAAUGGAAUGAGCAGCCUAAGCAGCCAAUUAGAUGCUGGCAGUAGAGAUGGAAGAUCAAGUGGGGAGACGAGCAGUGAAGUAAGCGCAGUCGAGCUGCUGCAUCUGCAACAACAGCAGGCCCUACAAGCAGCAAGGCAAUUACUCCUACAGCAACCAGGCAGUGGCCUGAAAUCUCCAAAGAACAACGACAAACAGCGUCCGUUGCAGGUGCCAGUAUCUGUGGCAAUGAUGAGUCCACAGGUGAUCACACCCCAACAGAUGCAGCAGAUCCUUCAACAGCAGGUCCUGUCCCCCCAGCAACUCCAAGCCCUCCUACAACAACAACAGGCAGUCAUGCUUCAGCAGCAACACCUGCAGGAGUUUUAUAAGAAACAACAGGAACAACUCCAUCUACAGCUUUUGCAGCAACAGCACCCUGGCAAACAAGUGAAAGAGCAACAGCAGCAACAGCAGCAGUUGGCAGCACAGCAGCUGGUCUUUCAGCAGCAGCUCUUGCAAAUGCAGCAACUGCAGCAGCAGCAGCACCUGCUCAACAUGCAGAGGCAGGGCCUCCUCUCUCUGCCCCCUGGCCCAGGACAGCCCACCCUCCCCGGACAGACUCUGCCGCCAGCUGGUCUGAGCCCCGCCGAACUCCAGCAACUUUGGAAAGACGUCACCAAUAGCCACGCCAUGGAGGACAAUGGGCUAAAACACAGCGGCUUGGACUUGAGCACCACCAACAACUCGUCCACUACCUCCACCAGCAACCCCAAAGCAUCUCCGCCCAUCACCCAUCACGGCAUCUCCAACGGCCAGUCCCCAGCCCUCAACAACCGGAGAGAGAGUUCACUGCAUGAAGAGACUGGAGCGUCGCACUCCCUCUAUGGUCAUGGAGUGUGCAAGUGGCCAGGAUGUGAAAGUAUUUGUGAUGACUUUGGACAGUUUUUGAAGCACCUUAACAAUGAGCACGCUCUGGACGACAGGAGUACCGCCCAGUGCCGAGUACAGAUGCAGGUGGUACAACAGCUAGAGAUUCAGCUUUCUAAAGAACGUGAGCGUCUUCAGGCGAUGAUGGCACACUUGCACAUGAGGCCUUCAGAGCCCAAACCAUCACCAAAACCGCUGAAUCUCGUUUCCAGCGUCACAAUGUCAAAGAACCUCCCAUCUGUCUCACCCCCCAACUUACCUCAGACGCCGACCACGCCCACCGCUCCAGUCACGCCCCUUUCCCAGAUGCCCCAGGUGCCCAACGUUCUCAGUCCAGCCAACGUGCCCAGCAUGGGCGCCAUGCGCAGACGCCACACCGACAAAUACUCCAUGCCCUUGUCCUCAGAGAUCGCCCCAAACUACGAGUUUUACAAGAACGCUGACGUCAGGCCACCGUUUACUUAUGCAACCCUCAUCAGGCAGGCUAUCAUGGAGUCAGGUGACAUGCAGCUAACGCUCAACGAAAUCUACAGCUGGUUCACACGCACCUUCGCCUACUUCAGACGCAACGCCGCCACCUGGAAGAACGCAGUGCGACACAACCUCAGCCUGCACAAGUGUUUUGUCCGGGUGGAGAACGUGAAGGGUGCCGUGUGGACCGUGGAUGAAAUGGAAUAUCAGAAACGUAGAUCUCAGAAGAUAACAGGGAGCCCAACGCUGGUCAAGAACUUGCCAUCCAGUCUGGGUUAUGGGGCGGCUCUCAACGCCAGCUUACAGGCUGCGUUGGCGGAGACCUCUUUGCCGUUGCUGGGUAAUCCAGGCUUGAUGAAUAGCGCGUCAGGUAUGAUGGGGGCGAGUCCUCAUGGACUGAUGAGCGGCAGCCCGACCGGCCUAUUGCAGGGCACCACGCAUGAAGAUCUCAACGGCACACUAGAUCACCUGGACACUAACGGACACAGCAGUCCCGGAUACUCCCCGCAGACCCAACUAUCAGGAGUUUUAGCACUGAACUUGCAGUGGCAUCCAAUUCACGUCAAGGAGGAGCCACUGAACAUGGACGACGAGGACUGUCCGAUGUCAUUGGUGACCACAGCCAAUCACAGUCCUGAGCUGGAUGAUGACCGGGAGCUUGAGGAGGGCAACCUAUCGGAGGACCUGGAAUGACUAUUUUGCCCCACCCCUCUGCAGUGGUUCUGCCCCUUUCAGGCCCCGCCCCUCAACUAAUACACAACCACCGCAAAAGCAAAAAGACUGGACGCAGCAGGCGGGAGUAUUUAUUUAGCAUGCAUCUGGAGACUGGCCCGAAGAAAAUCUAUACCGCAGAUCUUUAGGGACCACAGAUGGACAGACAUGAGACGUCUGCUUUUUAAAAACAAACAUAAAAGGAAGAACAAAAGGACAAGACUUCAUUCGAAUCAGCUUGGCCACCUCACACAACGAACACGAGGCUCAUGGACCGAAAAAGAUAGAAGCGAAACGGGAGCGAGUCCGUUCUGUAGAAAGCCAACGGCCACAUAUACUGCCAAAAAAAAGAAGUUUUAAGUUUGUGAAUAUCCAAGCCACAGUAGUCGUCGGUGUUAGAUGCAAUUGCUGGUUCAAUUCAAGUUGUUGCUCUGUUAUUUUUUGCACAUGAGUAGUAUCAAAAAUUAGUGUCACUGCCUGUAUGUCGACAAAAUGUUCAAAAAAAAAAAAAAAGAAGAAAAAAAGCAGUUUUUUUGUUGUUGUUUUUUUUUUUUUUCAUUGUUGUCAUUUUGUUCCUCCUGCGACUAAGCUUAUGUUCAUUUCAAGUCAUGUUUGCGGCACCACCAACUGUAAAUGGCAUUUCCUAAAGUCACGUCAAUAACACAACCGUGGUAUCAAGACUGUUGCAGCCGUACACAAAAAAGUA